AUGUUUCCUUCCACAGCGCUCUUCGAUGAAAUAGAUUGUCCCUUUUUUCAGUCUGGACGAUGUCAGCGACCUUACUGUUUGUACAAUCACAGCAAAGACAAUACUCCUGGCAUGAUGAAAACCACAGGUCUUGGAGAUCCUAAAGUGACCUCUGCCAAUGGAGCCUCCCACACCACCGAGGACAGUUAUGCUUGUCUUGAGGAACUGGAGAGAAUCAACAAAGAAAUAGAGGCGGUGAGGAGUGAGGUGGAGAAAGAACAAAAAAGACUGUCUCAGUAUCAGACAUCACAGUCUCUUACACAAACAGGCCAUUGCUCUGGAAAAUAUUUGCGAACCACCAAGAGUAGGACUAAAGACCAAAAUGGUAACUAUUUGAAAUGCAAAAAGCCUGUUUGCUCAACCAGUGGUCAGAAGUAUGUGGUUGACCGUGCCAAACCCAAGACUGAUUUGGAAUAUGACCCCUGUUCCAAUUUCUCAGCAGACUUGCUAUCUAGCAGCUCAGCAGAAUGCAAGCUGAAGUCAACCAACAAAGUUGAUAUUGAUCAGAGUCUAAAGAGUAAACAAACCAGGAAAAAGGUUCAACCUCUGUCGUCUCAUUUUGAUGACUCUGAAGAUGAAGGUACUUUGGUCAUUGACAUUCCAUCUUUAACAAAAGACCACAGUAAACAUAAAGCCAAACAGAAGAGUGCAAUAACUAAACCACCACAUAUACUUGAGAGGAACGGUGCAGUUAACAAUGAUCUUUCAAAUCAACAAACAAAACUCAAUCAGCACAAAGAAAAGUCUUCUGAUGGACUUCCAAGCCAUGAAAUGAAACGCACUGUGGAUGACCAGGAGAACGUAAGGACCUUAGUGAAACCUAUGAUAAUCACAGACGAGCAAGAAUCUUCUGAGGGUGAACUUGUCAUUGAUGUGUCGCAAUUUGAAGAUGAGCAUAAGCUUUCAAAGCAGUGUGAAACUAAAACCAAGGAACUGCUUGACUUACCCAAAUUGUGCCCUAUUAGUAAUGCCCCAGCUGAGAAUUAUAAAGAGGCUAAUGAUGGGCAGAUAAUUAAAGACAUAACAAUGGAAAAGCACCCAGUAAAAGAUAUUGAAGCAUUUCUGGAGGAUCUAAGUGAAGAACCUGUGGCUGAACCAAAUAACUUCACGAAUAUCAAUAUGGAAGCAUUCGUUAAGCAAAAAGAGGAAAAAGCUCACAACAUGGAGAAUAUCCUGGAUGACAUUUCCACAUGUCUAAACAAUAUGAGAAGUCAGAGUGACGAGCUCAAAUCCAUUCAAGAUGUUAAUAUGCUUCCUGUUAAUUCCGUUCAUGGAGAUGAACGUAUUUCCUCCCAAUCUCCUACAAGUGCUUUACAAAAUCUAACUUCUAGAGGAGAACCACAAAACAGCGGCAUCUCAGGUUAUGCUCUAAAGUCAGAAAUUGUAUCUUCAAAGGAGAUCUCUCAAAUGCAUCAGCAGUAUUUUCCUAUGGUUGCAUCUCAGUCCUUACCUUCAUCAUUACAUAAGGCCGAAGAGCACAGAUUCUUAGGACCACCACAUUCUCAAAGCUUGACUGAAACAUCUUGGGUGACACUUCAUAAAAGUCAUGGAGAAACAUUUGUUCAGAACACACACCUAGUUUCAGAGACUAAUUGUGGAGUUGUUUCUGCACCAUCAAAUAGUCUGCUCAACCCAAGAACUGUGGAGUCCAUUGAAAAAUUACCUACAUCAAAUGUAUCAUAUCCAGCUGCCUGUGACAUGACUGUUCCUUCACAGACCUUUGCUACAAUGGCAGGAAGUAAUAAUGAACCCAUUGUAGUUGACUCUAGUUCUGAUGAGGAGCUUAGGUACUCUGACCUAGAUCUUUCAGACACUGACCCCAUGGAAGAAUGCUACAGGAUCUUCAUGGAAGCCAACCAAAGUGAGGCUCCUGUGGUUCAGAGUGACACAUCUGAUAAAGUCGGGACUGAGAUGAAGUCCAAUCCAGCAGCCUUGCUAAAGAAAAGGGUGGCACAUGUGGCUAAGUUUGAGCCAGCCAGCAAAAGCAAAGCACAAAUUAUUGUCCCUCUUCAAGAAGGAGCCUCCCAUUUGAGUGUUCCCUCCAGAAGUCAGUUAUGUCAAAGAAGAGCAGCCAUUUUGACUGCAGCAGUGAAGGGAUGUCAGUCUCAGAUCAUUAACAGUGCUCCAAAGAAAGUUUAUACACCUAAUGUUCAUCAAUUUCAUCAAAGUACUGUGCAAAACUCAUGUGUUGGUAUCAUUCCGGUUGGUGCCGCUCUACAGCUGGGGGCAAACCUGCACUUCAUUGUACCUGAAGGAAAUUGUGCUUUACCUUUGACACUGAUUCCAACCACAAUGUCUGUCCAAAGGCCACCUCAGCCUUCUCCACCUGUUCAACUUACACCAGCUCAACAUCCUCUACAACUAGCAAAUUAUACACCAGCUAAGAGACAAGCAAUUUGUUUGUCCACACAAGACUCGACACAACAAAGAUUGAAAUACCCAAGACAUUCUGAAGCGCAGAAUAGUGCACUGCACUCCCAACCAAAUGCGAUGGGUGUCAAGCGAAAAGCAAAAGUACAUCAUGAAGUUGGGACAAAAGUUCCACACGAUGUUCGUCAACGUUAUGUGAACCUCUUUGUUGAGGAGUUCCUGAAGUCAUCUGUGACGGUGCAAGAUGCCUUUGAGAAGGCUCUGGCAGAAGAGAAAAUUGUUUAUGACCGCAGUAUCAAUAAGCUCAAGUAUCUAAGCAUAGCUGUCAAUGCGCUCAAGAGACUUAAAAACCAAAACAUCUUGCCUGCCAAAGCUCCCAGUGAGAGAGAUCAGCAUGUGUCUAGAGGCAAUGUACCACUAAAUACUCAAGCACUUCAGGGACCCGGCGAUUUGACACUUUUUGAGCAACUGAAGGAGCACAUCCUGUCUGAGGAUUUGCUACAAGUAAACAACUUCCCUCGUAAACAUCAGGACAAAGCUGACUUUGCCAUCCAGUAUGGAGAUACCAAGAAGGGCAUAAGUGACCCUUUGAAGAGAAUCUGCUGUCGAUGUGGAGCAACGUUCUCUGUCGACAGAAGUGGAAAACACAAACGCAGAGAAGAGUGUAACUAUCAUUAUGGAAAAGUCAUAGAGAAUAGAGUACCCGGAGGUGUUGAGACGCGCUACAGUUGUUGUGAGAAUGCAGUUGGGUCACCUGGAUGUCAAGUCUUCAAUCUUCAUGUGCAUGAUGCAGUAAGCCUUCAGGGCUUUGUGAGCAGUCUUCCUCAGUCUGUGGUGGGAGAAACAUAUCCAGGAGUCUAUGCCAUUGACACACAAACAUGCUACACGUCUCAAGGUCUGGAACUAGCAAGAGUGACUGUAGUGAGCAGCAGUUUACAAGUUGUCUUUGACUCCUUUGUCAAGCCUGAUAAUGAUGUCAUUGACUAUAAUACAAGGUUCUCAGGCAUCAGUGAAGCUGAUGUGAAGAGCAGCAGCUCAUCUUUGCGUGAUGUACAAGCAGUGCUUUUGAGCUUUAUUAAUGCGGACACGAUUCUGAUUGGCCAUGGCUUGGAGAAUGACUUAGCUGCCCUUAAAAUUAUUCACAGUACUGUGGUUGACACCUCUGUGGUGUUCCCCCACCGUCUGGGUCUGCCACACAAAAGAGAGCUAAACAGUCUGACUGCAGACUACCUUCGGAGAAUUAUACAAGAGAGUGUGGCGGGUCACGACACGCGUGAGGAUGCCACUGCAUGCAUGGAGCUCAUGCUCUGGAGGGUGAAAGAAGACUCCAAAGUGAAAAGAUGGUGAACUACAAUAAAGUGUAUCCGUUCACGACAUACACCUAUGCAUACAAGCUUUGUGUGGAGUGUUGGAAUUGAGUGAUUAUUUUUGUUGAAUU